AUGUCUGAUUACAUGUUUGAUGGUGAUGCGCACGAUGUGCACUCUUUAGAUUAUGAUGAAUUACCUAGAGGUGAAGAAUCGCAUAUAGAUGAUGAAUCUCCUAGAGAUGAGGAACCAUCUCAAGAUAAAGAAUUCCUCAAGAAAAGAAAAAUUAAAAAGCGAAAAAAAAGAAGCAAUCAUAGUAUUGCAUGGGAUUAUUUUGAAAUGGAAGAAGCAGAAGAUGGGUUUGUUGAUAUAUGCCAACUCUGUAAAGAAAAAAAUAUAACAGUCAAAUAUGCGCAUGACUCGUCAACAGGAAAUAUGCUUGGUCACCUUUGGUCUAAGCACCGAAUAGAUAAAGAUCAUCCCAAUGGAACAAAUACCGGUGGCUCUAUUCCAUUCUAUGAAGCUAUCACUAUAUUUUCUGGCUCAACUUAUUCUACACUGAAUCUUAUUUAUUCCACAAUGAGGCUACUUAUUAAAAGGUUUGCGCCCUCAGAUGAGCAAACUGAAGAUGAUUAUGCCGAUUUAUUGUUUGAACCCAGGGAACAAAUAAAUGAUAAUCAAAGUCAGUUAAUUACUGAUGAAGAAGAUUCUGAUGAAUUUAACAAUGAAAUGCCUAUGAUUUCAGAAAAACUUCGACAACCGCUAUGUGUAUCACAAGGACAAAGAAAAAAACAAAAUCGUAAAAAAGUUCAAAAGGAUAUUCAUAAAAAAUAUAAUGAUCCACGGUUUAAAGAUCAGUAUUGGGAUGUUCUAGAGAAAACUGGGCUUAUUGCAUCAUUUUUGGACCCACAAAUAAAAAACUUAAAAUUUAAUGAUGAUGAAAAUGUAAAGCGAAUCACAAUCGACACGGUAUGGAGACUUUGUACUGAGGAAGAGCGUCACCAACCUUUGGCUGAGAAAAUUCUAAAAAAUCAUAGGUUUGCUAAGUCAUCUAGUAUGUUAGCUUCUACUCCUGCAAUAACUAAUGAUUUAGUUUUAGACUUGUAUAAUAAUGAAGAAUCAGAUAAUGCUUAUGAAGAGACUAAGCCUGAUAUGGUUGAACAAAUGUUGUUCCUCAAGCGUAAUAUGGAACACUUUUCUAUUUUUAAGCCAGAUGAAUUAUGA